UGUUUUUUCGCAGAACUGUCAAAGUACAACAAAAGAAUGGGUUGACGUAUUUUGAAACAAGUUAGGACUUGUAAAACGCAAUAAGCUUUUGUUGGUGGAUCGAACGUGGUGCACCCGUGUGCGUGCGGGCGUGCGAGGUUACGAUGAAGGCGAACGAGGUGUGGAACGCCGUUAUGAAGGGCGACAUGGAGAAGCUGCGCCAGCUGACCCAUGCCAAGGCACCGCGGCCAGACUUUGGCAAGCGGUUCGACAACCAUCACUGGAACAUACUGCACCACGCCGUCGUCAGCCGCAAUCUGGACUGCGUCAAGCUGGUGGUGGACCACUUCCAUCCCGCCACCAACGUGCAGUGCUACGAAGGGCUCACCCCGCUGGCGCGCGCCUGCGAGCAGUCCGUGUCGGCCGACAUCGUGAGCUACCUGUUGCGUCUGGACCGCAGCGUGGUCAACACGGGGGACACGGAGAGCAUCACGCCGCUCCACUACGCCGUGUCGAACGAUCGGCUGGAUCUGGUCGAGCUGCUGAUAGCGCACGGUGCCGAUGUCAACCUGAACGACUACGCGGACGAAACCGCCCUCCAUACGGCCGCGUUCGACACGGGCAAUAUUGAAAUUUUAAUCUAUUUGCUAUUUAUCGCCAAAGCCAAGUGGCAGUUCCUGAACGCGGCCGACGAUGCCGAUUUUAACGUGAUCGAUAUAUUUAGCGCUCGGGGGCCCUGUUCCGCGCGCAACAAGGUCGCGUGCUUCAAAAUCCUGUACAACCUGGAACACCCGAACCACAUGUACCGCCAGCGGUACGAUGUGAACGACAUACUUAAGCCCGCACUGCUUAGCUAUCGCUCCCAGUCCUCCCUGAUCCCGUAUUUCAUCGAAACGGAACUGAAGUGGGAAAAGCAGGAACGUGUUCGCUCUUUGUACGAAAGACUGAUUCCCGACUACGAGCUGUUGGCGCUGCUGGUGCUGUGCGAGUGUGGCCCGGUCACGGCGGAACGGGCCGAGCUCGAAUAUACCUGGCCGCUGGUUUGCUGCGUGCCGCUGCUGACCGCCGAUUUGGUACGCUUGUUAACAUUUUUCAUCCAGGGCGACGAGCAGCGGCCCGCCGACGAGGUGAGCCAGCUGUUGGAAGAUUUUGUAGCAUUUAGCAACGCAUCGUUGAAAACCCUGAAACAAACCGUACGCAACAUUAUGCCGGCGGUCGUGAUGGAAAUUCACGCGCUGGACAACGUCAAGAUUAACGCGCUGCUGUACGAGCAGUACCAGCGUGCCAUCGAUUAUCUGGCCCUGCUGAACGGCACCGAGCUGGAUGCACUCGUUAAACAUUUACUCACCGAAGUUGUACGCACAAAGAUGGACAUGAUUUUUCCAUGUCUGAAGUAUUGUUCUUAUGGAUUUUUGGCGCGCCGCAUCAACGAUGCCAUACCGAAGAAUCCACUAUACCAGUGGCUGCUGUACCGGUUUGGCACGUGGCGGGCGAUCUACAGUAUUAUGGGCAGGCCCCAGUUUGAGCUGUUUACGCUGAAACGCUUCGCCCGGGACACCGUGCGAGAGGUUGUGUGGAGAAACAUGAACCGGUUGGCGCCGGACAAGGUGCAGAUUAUGAAUGGGCGGCUCCAGUCGCUCGAUCUUCCCACUGAGAUGAAACUUUAUCUUAUAUAUCGCGACAAUUCCUCGAAAAUGCUGUUUGUUUAGAGGGAAAAUUGUCAAUUUUUAACGGGGGUUGGGCAGAGACGCGCCAAGGGGAAAUGGGAGAGCAUAUGAAAUAAUUAUCACUGCAUGUAAUUCACGGUACCGUGUAUAUGUAUGUUUGGCUGUGUAUGUGUUAACGCUUGUUGGUAGACAACGGGCAUUACAUAAAUGGGAUAGUUCCCAUGAUCAUUCACGAUCAAUAAAGUUAUACUAAACUGCAAACGUAGAACAA